CCUCCCCCUCCAUUCUCCACUGCAACGUCCUCAGCUUCCACCGCAAGAAUCAAACAGGAGAGAGAGAGAGAGAGAGAGAGAGAGAGAGAGAGAGUGGGAUCCAUGGCUUCCACCGUCGCUGUCAGGGGGCGGCCGCUGGCCACCCUCCUCAGGCAGCUCCUCACCGACUCGCCGGCCGCCUCCGAAGGGCCCGUCGCCGUCACCGCCGCCGCCGCUGCUCCAGCCUCCACCACCGCCCGCCGCACGUACAAGGUCCAGGGCGCGGGGCCGCUCCGGCGGGACGGCAACGAGUCCUCCGACAGCGACGACGAUGACGACGAGUACGAGCACGUCGCCCCCGCAGACACCCGUCGCCGCGCACGCGCCCGCGCCCGCGACGUCACCGCCCCCUACUACUUCUCCUCCUCCGACGUGGUCGACCCGUUCGGCGCGCCGACGAGCAUGGGACGGCUGCUGGCGCCCCUGAUGGAGGACAAGGCGGCGCCGGGCACCACCGGCUUCUCCACCACGGCGCCGCGCCGCGGGUGGUGGGUGACGAAGGAGGACGACGGCGCGGUGCACAUCAAGGUGUCGAUGCCCGGGCUGGGGAAGGAGCACGUGAAGGUGUGCGCGGAGCAGAACAUCCUGGUGGUCAAGGGCGAGGGGGAGAAGGACCCGGAGGAAGACGCCGCGCCGCUGCGCUACAUCUGCCGCAUCAACCUGCCCGCCGACGCGUUCAAGAUGGACAAGAUCAAGGCUGAGAUGAAGAACGGCGUGCUCAGGGUGACCGUGCCCAAGCUCAAGGAGGAGGAGCGCAAGGACGUCUUCCAGAUCAAGGUCGAGUAGGAGGUCCAAAUCCAACCAACCAAGUACGUAGUAGUGCUAAUGGAUAGCGAGACUAGGAGAAAGUAGUAGCAAUGCUGAGACUAGAUCGAAGAGGCCCCUUUUUGUGAUGGGUGUUGUUGGCUCUGUGUCCUGAUCCUUGCUUGCGUUUUGUUCGUUCGUCCUGUGGAGUUUCUGAUAGUGGUGAACACAGUACGUAACAGUGCAAGUUACCCUCAAGUUCCAAUGGUAAAUAAGCAAUCCGAGUUAUCUGA